AUGAAAGGGGGUUUUGACUCAGGAGGCUUGGGACUAAACAACACCUCCAACACCUCCAACACCUCUAAUACAUCCAACACCUCCGACCCAGACAUAAUAAUGCUCGACGGCUCCCCUUGCUCUUCCAAAGCCGAACUAGCUGUAGCUCGUCUCGACGGGCAACGUCAACGCCGCCAGCAGCCGGGGCAGUUUCGGGGGUCUGGAUCUGGAUCUGGACUAGGACCCCUGGGCUUUUUAUCUGAACCGGCUUUGUACCAAACCAUUGACCAGGCAGUGUCCAAGACGCUGAAACAAAAAUUGGUGCCGCAUCUGAAUAAAGUCGAGAAAAUGGUCGCCAAGAACUCGGCUGAUGUAAUAGAGAAAAUGAGGGAGAGGAUGCGGGUGGCGUAUCAGUGGGAUUUUGAGCAAUUGGAGGACCAAGUACGAAAAGAGAAGAGGGUUGUUAGGGAGAAGGAGAGGGAGAUUGAGCGGUUGGUUAAAGAAAGGGAAGAGGGUUAUUGGCUUGAUAGUAGUUUUGAAGUUGGGGGUGAAAGGGAGGAGGAAAAGGGGGAAGAGAUGACCUUGCAGAGAGUCCGGGAGAUGUUCAAGAGAUUUAGGGGGAAGGUGUGGGAGUUUGUGUGUAGCUCUGCACUACAACUGGAGACGAAAGGAGGGAAGGUGACGGAGGUGGAUAUUAUGCGCUUACCCUGGGUGCCGGAUAAGCAAUUGUUUGACAACGCGUCGGUGGAGGUCAGGAGACACUUGAUUAUGGCUGCGAUUUCCAGGUGUUGUAUUCGGAGGAUUUUGAGACCGGGGCACAGGACGUUUGGGGCGGAGCUGGAGGAGGGAGCGGAUGAGCGUGGAGAGACGGGACGGGUGGAGAGGCAGUUGGAGGCUAUUGAAGGAUUUUUGAUGAGGAGUGGGAAAGGUAUGUUUUGCGCUGCUGAUUCCGAAAACCUGAAAGGGAAACGGAAUGCUAACGAAGACAUUGACACGACAGUCGGACAAAAAAGUGAAGCAAAAUGGCGAGCGGUAAACAUCAGCCUCUUCAAGCAACUUCGAAACGGGAUCCUGACAGCCGAAGCGAAGAGUGCAGCCCAAACACUCAUAGGCUAUCUCGAGCCGUUGAUGAUAUUUACUUUCGCACGAAACAAGAAAAUGGUCGAAAAGACUAUCGAACAACUGUGCGAACAGGCCGUGGAUCUCAAACUGGCAAUCAGGAAAUCACCAGUCCCGUUACGGAUCGAAAUCGCCUCAAAGAACACCAACGAGGAAGACAACGACGACGGCGACGACGACGACGACGACGACGACGACGAAGAUCCUCCCGAGUGGGAACCAAAGAUAGACAGAAAGAAUGGCAAACCGUUGAUCGACCCACGUUGGCACGAGAAAAUGGGCCAGUUGAAGUUGACCACGGAGGAGGAGAGCAGCAAUGCCAGGAUUAAAUACAUUGCUUUUAUCCCGUUCGGAGCGUUGGUGAAAUGCGAGCCUAAUGAACCGAAGGUGGUGGUGGUGAGGGCGUGGGUUAUUGGGAGGGCUUAG